AUGACGGACUCCAAAUAUUUCACAACAAACAAAAAAGGAGAGAUCUUUGAACUGAAAGCAGAACUGAACAAUGAGAAGAAGGAGAAGAGAAAAGAGGCGGUAAAGAAGGUCAUUGCUGCAAUGACUGUUGGAAAGGACGUCAGUUCUUUGUUUCCAGAUGUGGUGAACUGCAUGCAGACGGACAACCUGGAGCUGAAGAAGUUGGUCUACCUCUACUUAAUGAACUACGCUAAAAGCCAGCCAGACAUGGCCAUCAUGGCUGUCAACAGCUUUGUCAAGGACUGUGAGGACCCCAACCCUCUGAUCCGGGCUCUGGCCGUCCGCACCAUGGGCUGCAUCCGGGUGGACAAGAUCACCGAGUACCUGUGUGAACCGCUGAGGAAGUGCCUGAAGGAUGAGGACCCGUACGUGAGGAAGACGGCGGCCGUUUGUGUGGCUAAACUCCACGACAUCAAUGCCCAGAUGGUGGAGGACCAGGGCUUCCUGGACUCUCUGAGAGAUCUCAUUGCCGACUCAAAUCCCAUGGUCGUGGCCAAUGCCGUUGCUGCCCUGUCUGAGAUCAGCGAGUCUCACCCCAACAGCAACCUGCUGGACCUCAACCCUCAGAACAUCAACAAGCUGCUGACGGCCCUCAACGAGUGCACGGAGUGGGGGCAGAUCUUCAUCUUGGACUGCUUGUCCAACUAUAACCCCAAGGAUGAGCGCGAGGCCCAAAGCAUCUGCGAGCGCGUCACUCCCCGGCUGUCUCACGCCAACUCAGCCGUGGUGCUGUCAGCCGUCAAGGUGCUGAUGAAGUUCUUGGAGCUGCUGCCCAAGGACUCCGACUACUACAACACCUUGCUGAAGAAGUUAUCCCCGCCACUGGUCACCUUGCUCUCCGGAGAACCUGAGGUCCAGUAUGUGGCUCUGAGGAACAUCAACCUUAUUGUCCAGAAAAGGCCCGAGAUCCUGAAGCAGGAGAUCAAGGUGUUCUUUGUCAAGUACAACGACCCCAUCUAUGUGAAACUAGAGAAACUGGACAUCAUGAUCCGCUUGGCCUCUCAGGCCAACAUUGCCCAGGUGCUGGCUGAACUGAAGGAAUACGCCACAGAGGUGGAUGUUGACUUUGUGCGCAAAGCUGUGCGAGCCAUCGGACGCUGCGCCAUCAAAGUGGAGCAAUCAGCUGAGCGCUGUGUCAGCACCCUGCUGGACCUGAUCCAGACCAAGGUCAACUACGUGGUCCAGGAGGCUAUUGUGGUCAUCAGGGACAUCUUCCGCAAGUACCCCAACAAGUAUGAAAGCAUCAUUGCCACACUGUGUGAGAAUCUGGACUCUCUGGAUGAGCCCGACGCUCGUGCUGCCAUGAUCUGGAUUGUUGGCGAGUACGCCGAGAGGAUUGACAACGCCGACGAGCUGCUGGAGAGCUUCCUCGAGGGCUUCCACGAUGAGAGCACCCAGGUCCAGCUCACUCUGCUGACUGCCAUUGUCAAGCUGUUCCUUAAGAAGCCAUCAGAGACUCAGGAGCUGGUGCAGCAGGUUCUCAGCCUGGCCACUCAGGACUCUGACAACCCUGACCUGCGAGACAGGGGCUACAUUUAUUGGCGCCUGUUGUCCACCGACCCCGUGACUGCCAAGGAGGUGGUGUUGUCAGAGAAGCCCCUGAUCUCCGAGGAGACGGACCUGAUCGAGCCCACCCUACUGGACGAGCUCAUCUGCCACAUUGGCUCCCUCGCCUCCGUCUACCACAAACCCCCCAGCGCCUUCGUCGAGGGCAGCCAUGGAAUCCACCGGAAACACCUUCCUGUGCAGCACAGCAGCAUUGAUACAGGUGAGAGCCCAGUGAGCGGUGGGCCAGCGGCUGCCAUGGACCAGCCGCAUGUGAUCCCCAGCCAGGGUGACCUGCUGGGUGACCUGCUAAACCUGGACCUGGGCCCUCCAGUCAAUGUGCCCCAGGUCUCCUCCAUGCAGAUGGGUGCGGUGGACCUUCUGGGAGGAGGCCUGGACAGUCUGCUUGGGGGAGACCUGAGCGGAGGUGUUGGGGGAAGUCCAGCAGUGGGGCAAAACUUCAUCCCCUCAUCUGUCCCCAGUACUUUUGCUCCGUCACCUACACCAGCACCUCCAGCUGUCAGCAGUGGCCUGAACGACUUGUUUGAACUUUCCACGGGCAUGGCCAUUACCACUGGAGGCUAUGUAGCCCCAAAAGCAGUGUGGCUGCCUGCAGUGAAAGCCAAAGGACUGGAAAUAUCUGGAACCUUCUCUCGUCGCCAGGGUCACAUGUAUAUGGACAUGACCUUCACCAACAAGGCCCUGCAACACAUGACCGACUUCGCUGUCCAGUUCAACAAGAACAGUUUUGGGAUGAUCCCUACCAGUCCUCUGCCCGUUCACACUCCACUGAUGCCCAGCCAGAGUAUUGAGGUCUCUUUGCCUAUCAAUACUAUUGGUCCAGUCAUGAAGAUGGACCCACUCAAUAAUCUGCAGGUGGCUGUGAAGAACAGCAUCGAUGUCUUCUACUUCAGUGUACUCAUCCCUCUCAACAUAUUCUUUGUUGAGGAUGGAAAAAUGGAGCGACAGGUGUUCCUGGCUACCUGGAAAGACAUCCCCAAUGAGAAUGAGCUACAGUACCAGAUAAAAGAGUGUCACCUAAAUGCAGACACAGUAUCAGGGAAGCUGCAGAAUAACAACAUCUACACUAUCGCCAAGAGGAACGUAGAAGGCCAGGACAUGCUCUACCAGUCCCUCAAGCUGACCAACGGCAUCUGGAUCUUGGCUGAGCUCCGCAUCCAGCCUGGCAACCCCAACUACACGUUGUCCCUCAAGUGUCGGGCCCCUGAGGUUUCUCAGUACGUCUACCAAAUGUACGACUCUGUGCUGAAGAACUGACCUGCUCCCAACACUCAGCAACUCUGCUUCACCCUGACAACGAAACAGCAGUCUUUUUAUCAUUUUCUGCCAUCUGCAGCGAACUGCCAAAACACGGGAAUCCAAACGGUGAAUGAUGGAUACGGAAUAAUUUGGAAUAUUGGGUGUAUUUUCCCUCAAGGUAAAUAGUUGUGGGUGGUCACCAUACUGAAGUUAAACAGUACAAACACUGUUGAUGUUUCCUUUAUUUUGGCAGUUGAAAGCAUUAUUGAAUCCUCUUAUUCCACUCCCCAUUUUGAUUCUUACCUCCCAGUGAAAACAUGUCUACCAUUCCAUCCUUAACUUAGUGUCUUAAUGUUGUGAAGAUGUGACUGAUGGUGAAACUGUCCUGAGCGGGAAAAAAAUACUUUUUAUUUUGUACUGUUUGUGGCUCACAGCUUUUUGAUUUAUUUUUGAUACUUGCUCUGCUUCAGUUGUAACUACAGAAUAAUACCAGUGUUGUUUUGCCUCCUUUUUUGCCAUUGAUGUCUGUGAAGAGUGGAAACCAGUUCUGAUUGUCAGAAGCUACUAAUGUCUGUUCUACGGCAGGUUUGCCUCCUGGAGCUCGCAGCUUACACCGUGUCCUUAAAGUUUUCGUUUAUUCCUCUGCUUCUGCAAAGUUGAAAUGAGGAGUUAUCUACAGGAUACCUCCUCAUUUACCUAUAGAAACCUAAAUAAGGUGGCAGCUAGCUAAAUGAGGUGGCUUGAAGUGUAAUCGCUUCCUUGCCGGUGGAUAUAUUUUAUGUGUUUUCCAGCUAAGAAACAUCUAAAUAUUCAAUUUCAAAUGUGUUUUCUGUUUAAAAUGUACAAACAUAGCAAGUGCUCCCCCAGCUUUUACUGGAGUGACACUGGUUACAUCUCCAGUCUGAUGUCCAGCACACAGCUGUAGGUACGUGGUUUGUUUACAUGACGACAAAAGUGCAUAUUAACGGAUUCACUGUGGACAGAGUGUGUCCAACAUAGCGCAAUGAGAUAACCGGAAGCGUGUAAGCAAUUAGGACACGGUGUUACAAUAAGUUCUUGAGACAUGCUCCAUUGGCAAAUAUCCCACAUCACAUUGAGCCACGUACAGUAUGUAGUAUGAAACUUUGUACAGGAAUUUAAAAAAAGUGAGAUUCCAAAAAGUUGGAAAAAAGAAAACGCAGACCAGAGAAGUAAGAGCAUUAUUAACUCUAAAGUUAUGUUGUGAGUUAUAUUUUUGUUUGUUUUUUGUCUUUAUUUGCACUCCAUCUUUUCCACUUUAGAAUAUUUGGCUUUUUGUUUUUUAAAGCAUUUUAACAGUCAAAUUAAAAAAAAAACACUGACGUCAUUAUAAAAGUGUACGGAGGCAGACAGUCGGUCGGUCCAGAAGCUUCUGACUGGUAACGCACAGUACGGUUGUUUAAAUUCUUUUGGGAAAAUUGCCAAGUCUUUGCUCAUUAGCUUGGAACCACUACACACCCACAGCAGCUAUUGAUUACGUGUUAACACACCAGUGCCACUCCGUUUUAAGAAUGACAUUUGCUGAUUCAUUUCACAUGUAAUUUUUUGCAAUAGCCCCGUUUACUGCAACCACGUAGUUGUACACGGCUUUAUACACCUAUAUUUUCAUUCCUAUUUAUUGUGCAUCUACCUCUGCGUGUUUCCUUUUUUUUAACUGGCUUUAUUGUCGCAGUAGCUUCGAUUCUUUAACAUGCUUUAAAUGUUUUCACCGUUUUCUUUCGUUGUUCAUUGUUGUCAAGCCAGUUUAAACCUGUGGCAAGUCAGCCGAACCAAUCUCGCAGGACCAAGCAUCCACUCACAUUAAAUGCCAAGCUUAUGUUUUAGUACCCCAGUGUCAAUAUAACCUUCUGAUGUUGGCGUUGUUUGUGCUAUAGGACAUUAGAGUGCAUACACCCUAAGGCCCAGAGUUGCUCUAGUGCAGUUUAGUCCAGUGAUGGUGUAGUUUGUGUAGCUAAUAAAUGAAAAUGUCUUGGUAUUACCCUGAAAAUGAAAUGAAGCCUCGUCUCUAUCCAACAGAAAAGGCUUUUUCAUCGUAUCACUUGUGUUGGUGACACUAUUUUCCUACAUGGUAAUGUAAAAAUAUGUGCCUGCAUGAGCUCAUUUGAUCCUUUUUCAUCUGUGUAUUUGCUCCAUUUAAAACCAAUAACUUCAUGUCUCUGUUGUAGAUCUCAUAUGUUUUUUUAAGCAGCAUUGUUUUCAAGCACUCCCACAUAUAGAAGUAUAUACAAAACUGUUGCCAGCAAUACAGAAUGUAUGGAGAGAGAGAGAGCGAGAAAGAGAGUGUCUCAUUAAAUGGAAUAUUCUAGCAUCAUUGCUGUAACCCUGUUGUAAAUGAUUUGUUAUUGUCACAGUACCACAUCUUAUGUCAAUAAAUUGUCAAACACA